AUGUCGUCCAUUUUGGUCUUAAUCUUGCUGGUAGCUGGGGCAUGUGCAAAGCCCCUAAAUGAAACCUCUGAUUCGCCAAGCAAAAUCAAGCAAGGAGAACUGACGGAAGUAGAAAUUAUUGAUGAGGGUUCCAUUGUCACGUCAACCUUAAAAGACGUAACUCAGAGUAUCAACAAACCACUUCAAACCCUGAACAAUUUUCAGUCUGACACGGCCACCACGUCAAAACCAAGCCUACUCACCUGGUUCAUCACGCCAUUGGCCCAGAAUCUUCAGCUCAACCCCCAGACCAUCCAGAACCGUGUCACCCAGCUCAAGCAAGCACUGAAGAGUCUCGGUUUCAGGAAUUACGACUCGACUUCGAAGGCAAAGCAACUGAGCAGCGCGAAUAAUUUGCUACAAAUUGCGGACGUGAACGAUUCAGGGUUCUUCACGAACAGGCUGGAACCAGCUGGGUUUUUCGGUGGAAACGGCUGGCUGGCGAACAAGGGUGGGAUCCUGGGUGGUCCUGGAGCUAUUCUCUCCACAGGCAGCAUCCUCACGGACUACCCUACAGCGUACAGGCGGAAGUAG